UUGUCAGUUCGCUCCAUCAUCCUCUGUGUCCGUCUUCCUCCAUGUUUCCCAGUGAUGUCACCCUGCAUUCUCCACCAGUAUGUUCUCCAGCGUCUCCUUGUGUCUGUCUGUGGUGCCUGCAUCUGACAACCAACCAACCAUUGGCCAGAAUGUCGUACGGGUCUAUUGACGGAGGCUCUUUUGGCAGUCGAAACCCAUUCGGAGGUCCUACAAGGCAGGGUUACCAGCCAGUUGCCACACAGGUCAGCCCCUCAGAACUGCAAGAUGUGUUUCAGGAGACCUCCUCCAAUAUCUUCCAGAUCAACGCAAACGUUGUCACACUAGAGAAAAAUCUGCAGUCACUGGGAACAUCUAGAGAUACAGCAGAGCUACGACAGAGCCUACACUCUAUGCAGCAGCAAACCAACAAAGUCAUCACCAGCACAAGCCAACUCAUCAAACAGCUCUCCGAUAUAAUCAGUGGCUCUUCACGGCAAGACCGUCUGCGCCUGACCAGACUAAAGACUGAACUCUCAGAGUCCGUGCAGCGUUAUGGGGAUCUGCAGAAGAAAAUUGCUGAGCGCUCUAAGGCCUUACUCCCUCCGGCACAGAAAGAGAAGAGGAAGAAUUCUCAGACCCCGUCCACUGAACAGAUUGAGAAGGGUCCACUGUUUGGAGAAGCUGUCAGCAUGGAGGGAGGAGCUCAGGCUUUCCUGUCUGAGAUCAGUGAGGAGGAUGUCGAGGUGCUUCGCCAAAGAGAGGAGGCCCUGCUGCAGAUCGAAAGAGACAUGCUGGACGUCAGUCAAAUCAUGAAGGAUCUGGCCAGCAUGAUCCAUGAACAAGGAGACGCCAUAGACAGUAUUGAAGAUUACAUCCAAACCGCAUCAUCCAACGUGGAAUCAGCCAAUCAGGAGCUUGCAAAGGCCAACCAAUACCAGAGGCAGCUGAGAAAGAGGAAGUGCUACCUCCUUGUGGCCGGCACCAUCGUCCUCACCAUCCUCAUCAUCAUCAUUGCUGUUUCAUCAAGAAAAUGAGACCACUGGUCAGUGUGGUAGCUGGCCUCAUUACAGUUACAUCACGGCGCUCAUGCCCAGUAUGAUCCCUAACCUAAGCAGCUGGUUUCCAGUAGGAGGGAGCUGCCCUGCGACAACAUUUCUACUCCAUCAUCCCUGCCUCUGUUUACAUGUGUAUCAGUGUGGGGAUGGAGGCCUUUCCAACCAUACCAAUGUGUCAAGAGUUGGCCCUAGUUUGUGCCUCUCAUGUAAUCAUCAUUGUGCUGAUUUGUUUUUUUCUUGUUUCGCUGGAUGUUUUCUGCUAACCAAAUGUUACCAUCAAAGCUGAAGCCACAAAUUAGAAUUCAGUGAUUAGAUCAGAGGCACCAGCUGGGGUGUUUCCAGUCCUGGACGUGAAGGAUUACUGUUGUAUUGUAUAUCACACAGCUCCUAAAUGUGGUGUUUGAUCAGAACACCAGAUGAAGAUGGAGCAAGAGCAUCAUGGUGAGACAAGACAGCCUUAGCUCUCCUGUAUUCACCGCUGUACUGUACGUUCUGUUUCUUUAAUGUAUUUUUACAGAAAAUAACUUAAUAUUUAUCAGCUUGUAGUGUAAUUUAUUCAGUAUUAUACUGUCCCGUUUGUCGAUAUUGGUAAAUAUUGUUUGACUGAAUAUAUCUUCCCAAAUAAAAGUCUAGAACAACAGAAUA